UGGCAUUUGAGUCCUCCGGUAUCCCAGCAGGCAGUGCAGCUUAGAGACGCUGACAAAGGACCGGAGGAGCAGUCGCAGCUGCGUUCCGCGGAGUCGGUGUUGCCGAGAAUGCCAAAAUGCUUUGGAGUUUUUAACUGACUUUUAAGGAAAGUCCAAAAUAGAGUUGAGACGGUAUAAACAAGCUGCAGCAAGGGGGAUUCAGUGCCAAUGCAUCAACAAAAAAGACAGUCAGAGUUAGUGGAAGGAAAUCUUCCUGUUUUUGUGUUUCCCACGGAGCUAAUAUUUUAUGCAGAUGACCAGUCAACACAUAAGCAAGUGUUGACUCUGUAUAAUCCCUAUGAGUUUGCCUUAAAGUUCAAAGUUUUGUGUACUACUCCAAAUAAGUAUGUUGUCGUAGAUGCUGCAGGUGCAGUAAAGCCUCAAUGUUGUAUGGAUAUUGUGAUUCGUCAUAAAGAUGUUCGAUCCUGUCACUAUGGUGUAAUAGACAAGUUCCGUCUCCAAGUUUCUGAGCAAAGCCAGAGGAAGUCAUUAGGAAGAAAAGAAGUUGUAGCUACUCUUCUACCAUCUGCAAAAGAACAACAAAAAGAAGAAGAGGAAAAACGAAUCAAGGAACAUUUAACCGAAAGUUUAUUUUUUGAGCAGUCAUUUCAACCAGAAAACAAAACUGUCUCCUCAGGACCUAGCUUACUAACUGUCUUCUUGGGAGUGGUAUGCAUUGCAGCUCUAAUGCUUCCUACGCUGGGGGAUGUGGAAUCGUUGGUGCCUCUCUACCUCCACUUAAGUGUGAAUCAAAAAUUAGUGGCUGCUUAUAUUCUAGGUCUUAUCACAAUGGCCAUACUUAGAACAUGAGCUAGGAGUUCAAUUGACUUCUGAAGUAAAUUUAUCCUGAAAAUAUGAAUGUGGACUGCCUUUUAUCUCUAUUCCACUCCAUUAACAUGCUACAAACUAUCGAGUGAUUUACAAUAAUUGUAAAUGCAUAAUAUAUAUUUUAAAUUGCUCUGUAAUUUUUGUUCAGAGGACUCCUGCACAUGGCUUUGCAGAGGGCAAGGAUGCUUCUGAGUGAUGCCUAGGGAACUCUUUGAAGAUAUUCUUUUUCUAGCUAAACCUGUUGUGCAAAAUACUUAAAAAGAUUUAUUUUCUCAUCUUUUUUUCUAACUCACUUGAAUCAUUAAGGUCAUAUGUUCUUUACAGUUAAAGGUCUAAAAGAACAAACUGACCAGCCUAAAAAUCAACUUACUUUUCCUACUACAAUCAUUGUUAUUAUGUAGAUUAUAUCAGCUCCUCAAUGGACGGUUGCCAUGGUAUUUCUAAAAUAGAUUGCCCAGUCCAUGAGUUUCACAUAAAAUGGUGAAGAGUCAAGUUUAUCCUAGAAUCUGACAGAAGAGAGGCCUUUCUCAAUUCAUCCCAUGAAUAACAAAAUGGAUCUGGACACCCAAGGCAUGUAUCUUAGGUUUGGUUUUGUCUAACAAACUAAUAGAAUCCGGGUGACUUAUUUGGUAUAAGAAUUCAAAAGGAGGGGCUGGAGCAAUAGCACAGCAUGUAGGGCGUUUGCCUUGCACGCGGCCGACCCGGGUUUGAUUCCCAGCAUCCCAUAUGGUCCCCUGAGCACUGCCAGGGGUAAUUCCUGAGUGUAGAGCCAGGAGUAACCCCUGUGCAUCGCCAGGUGUGACCCAAAAAGCAAAAAAAAAAAGAAUUAAAAAGGAGGGGCCAGAGCGAUAGUAUAACAAGUAGGGUGUUUGCAUUGCAUACAGCCUACACAGGUUCAAUCCCUUGUACCCCAAAGGGUACCUCCAGGAGUGAUUAGUGAUGAGUGGUGAGACCCUCAAGGAGUGAUCCCUGUGUGCAGAACCAGGAGUGAGUCCUGAGCACAGCUGGGCGUGGGCCCAAAACCCAAAAAGAAAAAAAAAUUCAAAAGGAAAUAAAGGAUUUGUUAUUUGCUUAUUUGCUUCAUUCUGGUUUUACCUCUAGAUAGCAUCUUAUGCUAAUAGAAGGGGUAAAAUCACUCAUUUUCCUAAGCCCCUGGCCUGACUGAGUGACUAGGCACAAAAGGAUUGCCAGGUGUCAGGUGGCAUAGGUGGAGCUGAUAACUCUCAGCCAAGUAUAGAAAAUUCUUAAUAUCUGUGUAUUUUAUAUCAGCCACUGAAACAUUUUUUAAGUUUGUAUUAUUAAAACAAUUUUACCAAAAAACCCAAAGCACAACUAUUUACAUUUCUUUAUAGCCUCUUCUGAUAUCUAACAUAUGUGUGUGUAUAUAUAUGUAUAUAUAUAUGCAGUUUUAACUGUUAUUGUCAUAGUAACCGAUCUUUGACUUAAGAUUUUUAUCUGAGAGCACAAUGCAUUCAGAAACUCUUGCAAAUCAUCUUCCAGACCUUUUUACAGAAGGACCUUCUGCACUGCUACUGUAGUAGUCUCAAGGAAUAUACAAAAGCAAAAUGUAUGCCUGAGAUAUUUUGGGCGGGGAAUGGUAUUUUGCUUCUAAACUCAAGGCUUUUAUGUAUACCCUUUCUUAGAAAGUCCUCAUUGUUUAACCUUUUGGGGGAGCACAGACCAUUAAAUGGAUCAUGUCUGUACAUUGUGUAAUAACCGAAAAGCAUAUAAAUGUAAUUUAUUUUGAACUUUGUAAAAAAACAUGCUUGGAAGUGAUCCCUGUC